CGGGCGGGACACUAGCCCGCCACCGGUCCGGGCUGGCCUUAGCAUCUCCCUCACAAACUCCCCGUAGAGUAAUACCCUUUGGGCGGAGCUGUCCGAGUUGAUUUGGAUCAGGACAGUGUCACGGAUGAGAGGUUGAGUGGCGCUGACCCCGGGUGCAGCGCGGCUCGUGUGUUCUGACAGACGCGGUGAUUUGCUGUUACGUGCCGUGCUCCUGGAAGGAAGGUUCAGCAGGCAACUGCAGGGACCGAGUGGUACCCAAAAAUGACCCAGUACUGCAAAAAUCCAUGUGCACGUCUGUGUGAUCCUUUAAAAAGUGCUGGGCAUACUCAGAGAACUGAAAAUGUCUGAAGACAUAGCUGAUGGCACCCCAUCUGAAGAAAAACCUGAAGUAAUGGAGAUGCCCAGUAAUGAGGUAUUGCCUCAUGAAUCAGUACCACACCUCGUAGAAGCUGAGAUCUUGAAUGAGUCUUCACAAGAUCAACAUGGACAGGUCACUCAGAAUGUUAGUAAUGGAGAGGAAGGAGACACAGUCAUUAAUGAAAACCCUUUGACUGAAAAACUCGUUGAAAGCCUGCCUUCCAGCCUGCCUUCCAGCGUGCUUUCCAGUGAAGAUACAGCUAGAGACACGCCCACCGAGUGCAUUGAAACUGUAAACCUUGAUGCAGAACCUGAAUUGGAAGAAACACUGCAUGAGCAAAGCAAUCCAGCUGCAGACUCCUCAUCUAAAGCAAGCAGAUGGGGAGCUUGGGGUACCUGGGGAAAGUCUCUCCUGUCAUCAGCUUCUGCCACAGUGGGUCAUGGGAUAACAGCAGUAAAGGAAAAAGCAGGAACUACCCUAAGAAUUCAUAGUGGAAGUUCAGCAUCUCUGGAAACAGCAGAGCCUCCUGCAGCUGAGACACCAGUUACUCAAGCAGAAGAUUCUCUGGCCCAAAGCUCUUCUGAAAAUAUUCUUUCUUCAUCUGGAUCUCGUGGCAUGCUGUCAGCUAUCACUAGUGCUGUACAAAACACAGGGAAAAGUGUAUUAUCUGGAGGCUUAGAUGCUUUGGAAUUUAUUGGGAAGACAACCAUGAAUGUCCUUGCAGAAAGCGAUCCUGGAUUUAAGAGAACCAAAACACUCAUGGCAAGAACAGUCUCACUAUCUCAGCUGUUGCGAGAAGCCAAAGAAAAAGAGAAACAGAGACGGGCCCAGCAAGUUACAGUAGAAAGAACAGCACAUUAUGGACUACUUUUUGAUGAAUUCCAAGGUUUGUCUCAUCUUGAAGCUCUGGAAAUCCUGUCAAAUGAAAGUGAAGCUCAGAUUCAAUCACAUUUAGCAACACUUAAUGGAGAACAGUUGGAGACUGUGAAAAAUGAUUUAAUUGCUAUAAAAGAGAUCUUUGUUCCAAAGGAAUUAGAUGAUGAAGUGGUGCAGGCACAAAAAGCAGAUACAGGAGAAGAGUUUGUCAGCAUGCUCACAGAACUGCUGUUUGAAUUGCAUGUUGCUGCUACUCCUGACAAGCUAAAUAAGGCUAGGAAAAAAGCUCAUGAAUGGCUGGAAGAAGCCAGUUUGUCCACCCCAGUAGACAUAGAAGAGGAGCUAAAUGAAAAACCUGAAGAACCUGAUGAAGAAAAGACUCAAAAAGACAAUAAAAUUGAGAGUGAUAAAACAGGAGUAGAAAAAAGCAAAACUGUGGAGGAAAUCUACAUGCUGUCCAUUGAAAGUCUGGCUGAGGUAACUGCUCGUUGUAUUGAACAGCUUCAUAAAGUAGCAGAAUUAAUUCUACAUGGGCAGGAAGUAGAAAAAACAGCUCAAGAUCAAGCAAAAGUACUGACACAUUUAACAAGUGCCAUGUGCAAUGAAGUUUCAUCUUUAUCAAAGAAGUUUUCUGAUUCUGUAACAGCAGCUGGGAGCAAUAUGAAGGCAGAGGUUCUUAACCCUAUCAUCAACAGUGUGCUAUUAGAGGGCUGCAACAGUACUACUUAUAUUCAGGAUGCUUUCCAGUUACUGCUUCCAGUUCUGCAGAUUUCCCAUAUCCAGACCAGUUGUUCAAAAGCCCAGGAGCUGUCAGCUUGAGAGCAGCCACAGACCUGAAGUCUUGAGCUGUGCCAAGAGAAGAGCUGGUACAAGAAAUGUCUGGCCACUAGAGUUCUUUGAAGACACUAAAUGCGGUUUUGCACACACAGUACUGAACAUUUUUAAACUCUUUCAGACUUUAAGACUUUAGAAGUAGUUAGUAAAGUGAGAAAUUUCUUUUCCAGUGCAGUUCAUGCUUUGCAUUAAUUUAAACAGAAGUUUCUUGAUAUUAGCAUUGACUUAAAUAUGGAUUCUAAAUGUUGACCCUUUCAGUUGUAAACAAUGUAUGAAACAAAUUGGAAUGUAAAGUUUCUUAAAACAUUUCACUUCAAAUUAUCAUUUAUAUUGUUUUUAUUGUAACUGAAGUUUAAAAACUGUAUUUCAGAAGAUGGUUUCAGUUUUUAAUUUUGCCAACAUGAACAAAUUAUCAAAGUGUUGAGCUUGUUAAGUAUUAUUUCCAGUAGCAAAUAAUAACAUCAUAUUAAUAUGUACCACUAACAUAACACUUUGUAUUGAAGGAGUUGCACAGUAAUAAGUAUUAACUUUACUAAGUGAAAAUUAUGGAGGUUAUGCAUAAAGAAUUAUACUGAAAAGAAAUUUUCUGAGCCAGUUAAGAUUACGGGUAUAGCUCUGUAUUUGCUGACCCAUAAGUUUGUAUUAAUUUAUGUCCAUUUCAUCAUUUCAGUGGUUGAACAACACAGGAAACAAAAGUAAUCUCUUUAAUAUGCAAGGGAUAGAAAAUUUCCCUUUUGUUUGGCAAUCGAAACACCUGCUAAACAACCUUCUCUCAGAUGUACUACCGGGUUAACACUUUGGGGGUUACUGAUGCCAACAGUUCAGGAAUAGAAGUUGUAGCAAGAACUUAUGAAAUAAUUGCUUUGGGCGUGGAGGUCAUAUGUCAGAGCAGUCAUCUUUUUCUGAGGCAAUGGUGAAGGCAUAAGCAAGCAAUAGGAAUGACAUUUCAUAACAACACUAGCAACCAUGCUAAUUUGUCUGUAUCUUUAGUUUAAAAUACUGAGCUUUGGACCUAAGAAUUUGUUUAGGCUUAGACAGGAAGAAACUUCCAAUAUUUUACAUAGCAUGUUCUCUUGAAUUUUUGUCAUUUAUUAUGUUUCUUUCCGUUAUUUUGUAUUUUUCUCUCUUGGUAUACUCAUUAAUUGUAUUUAAGUGCUAAUUUUUACAAUUAACAUUUUAAUACAUUUAAGCAUAGUUCAUACAUCAUAAAAAUAAUUAAAUAGUGUGUGAGGCAGUUUCUGUGUUUGAUAGAAAAGAGAAACCGUGUAUCUGCUUUGCACAUGGUAAUUUUUUGAGUCCAAAUAAGUGGACAGAAAGGUCUUUUUGUGUUUAACACUAUUGUGGUUCCUGUUCCUCUGUCACACUUUUCCGUUUUUUGUUGUUUAGAGAUGAAAUUUUCCAUGACUUUUCCAUUUUUUGUUGCUUAGAGAUGAAAUUUUCCCUAUCCCUGAAAUAAGGUUUAUUACGCAAAAUCUAUUUCCUGGCACUCUGUAAUUUAACAGACAUAGAGAUAUCUUCCUGGGUAAGUAGAAGAUGUACAGUCUUCAAAUUCAUUUGUACAGGCUGAAUAUAAUAUCAGAAGCCUCAGGGGAUAAUGUUUGAAAUCACUGAGGGGCAUUCUUAAGACAAAGAUUGCUUGUCUGAGAUACUCCUUACUAGAGGUUUCAUUGUCUUGCUUAAAUUAUGCAUUUAUGAAUAAAGUACCUUACCCUGAUGUAAAAGAAGCUAUAAAAGGUAACAUGAAGACCUAAAGUAUUUACAACCAUACAAUGUAGGGAGGAGAGCAGGGCAGUAUGUAAGCAUAGGGAUACUCCCAUCUGAUCUUAGAUUCAAUCAUCUUCUCCUAGGAAAACUGAAUGUCAUAUCUUUAAAUCAACUUUUGGUAAAUAAUAUUCCAGUAGAAAAGUACUGUAUGGAUAUAGCCAGAAUAUUUUGUUUACACUGAUUUGUAUUUUUCCACCAGUCAAAUAAAUAAUUUGAGAUACUGAACUGAGACAGUACACUAAAAGGGAGUGGUUUGAAGGAUAAUGUGGUGGGAGUAUAUUCUCAGUGAAGUAACUUACUUUCUUAUUUUUUGAUUUACCUUUGGAAUGAUGAGUAUGAUUUUACUGGGAGACUGACAAAAAGAGAUGCUGCCUUAAACUUUUAA